UGAUAAAACAUUUUAAAAAUUUGAUAUUUUCUGAAACUAUAUAAAUAUUUGGUAAGUUUAUCUUUUUUUUUUGUCAUUUGUUCCAGUAGUUUCAAAAACAAUAAAAAUAUUUCCUUUUAAACAAAGUAAAGUUUAAACAUUAUAUUACUUUGUGAUAAAACGCGAUGUGUUUAUUAAAAAAAGUGACAAAAAGUGAGGUUAUGUUCUUUAAUGACAGUUGACAACAAAACAACAAGAAGGGAAGGUUGAAGAACAAAUGCAACAAGUUUGAUGUUGUCUAUUAUCGUGAUUUUUGUAUAGUUUGAAUAUUUUUUAAUUUUUAAUAACUUAAUAACCUUUAUCAGUGUUUUUAAUACAACUCUGCACAUAUUUUAUAUGUGCUGGAAAACUAUAUCGAAAUCUUAUCACUAAUUAAUAGAGCUGCGUUUGUUGACUUCUAUGCAUUUUUAAUAUUCCUCGGAAGAUUAAUUUUCCCCAUUAUUAGAAAACCUUAGCAGCAGGGAAAAACUUAAAAUUACUUUAGGCAGUUAUUAAUCUGUGUUUAUUUUUUAACACAAAUAAUAAAUAUGCAAAACGAACAAAAAAAGACUUUAACACAAAGUCAAAAGUGGAAGUUGGGAUAUGCAGAAUUGUCAGAAAUUAAUAAAUUAAUGUCGGAGUUACCAACGCCACAAUUUCUUAAAUGCAUGGAGUUCUUUGGUGAGGUUAAAGAACGUCUUCGGUUAAAAAAAUCUAUAAAAUUGAUGCCUCUAUGUGAAGAUUCAACUAGUAAUGAAAAAAAGACAAUUUGUGAUGUGCCAAAAUCAAAAACCAAAGUGUCAAAACCAACGUCUUUGAAAAAUUCAUAUUCGGAAGAAAUGGCUUCACUCUCAAUUGGUCAGGCAUCACUUCCUGAUGAUAUUGUGUCUCUUAAAAUAGAGACCUCAGAUUCUGAAGAUAUUGUAUCACUUCCACAAGGUUUGGCAUCACUUCCAAAAGAUCAGGCGUCACUCUACAGAAAUGAUUUAAACUCCAAGACACUUCGUUCCAGACAACAAAACAAUAGAAUUAUUAAUAUAGCAGAAACUAGUCGAGGAUUUCGCAUUAAAAAUAAUACAAACGAAAAUAAUAAUAAUAAUAAUGCAAUUGUUGCAUCAAUGCCGUGAAGAAAAAAAAAUUAACUUUUAAAUUUCAACUAUACAUAUAGUUGAGAAAAUAGUCAAAUGACAUAUUUUUUUUAUUAGUUCAAAUACUUUUUAUUUAGGGAAAUAAGACAAUUUUUAUGUACUUAAAAAUUUCUAGUUAAUAUUUAAAACAUUUUUAAUAAUAAAAAUACAAUUUUUUAAAUCUUAAUAAGUUGAUAUUUAAAUGCCAAAAAUAGUUAACUUUACUAGUUUUGUAAAAAAAUUCGAAAUUGCAAAUAACUAUGUCUUCGUUUAUUGAGACAUUUAGAACAUUAAUUAUUUAAUGUAAGUGCAUUAUUUGCUAUUAUUAUUCUCAAUAUUAUUAUACAUUAUAUAACUUAUAUAAUAUAUAUAAAAAAAUUUCAGUGUUUCUAUUUUUGUUACACAAAAAUUUAAUAAACAAUGUGCACAUAAA